CACUCACAGAAAUUGAGCCUGGCCUGACUUCGGAGGUUGCUCCAAGUGCUCACUAUGUUCGUCGCGCUGUGCAGACUUGAGCGCACAUUGCCACGAGACUUACCAGCUUGUAUGAUAACAGCAUUUGUGAGUUCCCGGCUGAUUCACUAAUUGUCAUCUGCGACGCGCCGUUAAUCCGGGGUGCAUGGUGCUUGGUCUGGAUCCGCGCUGGUGACGUGCGGCCAUCGUGCCUUCCUUUCCUAGUGUCCGUGUUUACCUUGGACUUAAGCUUCUCAAAUCUCUUCUUCUGACCUCUCACCCCGCCUACUCAAGCUCAGGCUGCUGUCAGCUUCACUGUGAACGUCUGUUCUAUCACCACGCCAGCCCCAGGAACGACUGUCGAUUGAGCUCCUCGUUCACAAUGCCGAUCUGGGAUCCUCUCGUUCCUGCUGAGCGCGUCAUCCAGAGAGGGCUUUCUCAUCUGCCACCAUGGAUUAGCCGUUGGCUUGGAUACCGUGGGACAUCUCUUCCUCCUUCUCGUACCUGGAUAGUCUGCCUUUGGGGAUUCAUCGGCGCCUGGGCAGGCGUUGCCUCGAUCAUCGCCGUGUUUGCCCACACCAACUUCUUCCACAACAUACAUCUUGUCCCACCGAUCGUAGCCUCGUUCGGUGCGUCUGCGAUUCUUUGUUACGGCGCCAUCGACGUCCCUCUGGCGCAACCUCGCUCCCUCGUCUUUGGCCAUUUCUUCAGCGGACUCGUUGGUGUAAUCAUGGCAACCAUUUUCCAGUUCGACUUGAAAGAAGAUCCCUACCCGCAACUUCAAUGGCUGGCAGCAAGUUUGGCUACCGCCUUUGCCCUUGUCGUGAUGCACCUCACCAAGACGACCCAUCCUCCAGCUGGUGCCACAGCCUUGAUUCCCUGCGUGGAUCCCCACAUCUGGGCUCUGCGAUGGUACUACUUGCCAGUACUUCUCCUAUCAUCGAUGAUUGUUCUCGCGACCGCCUGUCUAGUUAACAACCUUCAGCGACAAUACCCCAAGUUCUGGGUCGCGCAGAUCCCACUGCCACCUGCCACCCCCGCUGCGCCUGCACUCAAGCCCACGGUAGAGGACAAAGCUACCGAUCGAUCUAGCAACAGCUACACCUCAGGGGAUGUGGAAAGGGGUCCAUUAUAAAGCUAGGAGUCGUCUUUCGUAUCAGCAUUUUCCACUUCAUCUAUUAGCGAGAGAGUUUGGCAAUCUUGGGUAUUGAGCUCACGAGAGAUCUUUCUGCUGCAAGACUUUCGGGACAAUGUUGCUUAUAUUGGCAUCUUACGUAGUAAUGAUACAUUUUAGCAAAUGACACAUGCCCUGAGCGCUCUGUCACCUUGGCUUCAUCACAGC